AUGUACCUCAGUGCUGCAUAUCACCGCAUACCUCUAAGUGAUGGAAACAGCAUUCCUAUCAUCGGACUUGGUACCUACUCAGAACCUAGAUUGACCCCUAAGGGGACCUGUGCAAGAUCAGUGAAAAUUGCCAUUGACACGGGGUACCGGCACAUUGAUGGCGCCUACCUCUACCAGAACGAGCACGAAGUGGGGGAGGCCAUCAGGGAGAAGAUAGCAGAAGGAAAGGUGCAGAGGCAGGAUAUCUUCUACUGCGGAAAGCUGUGGGCUACACAUCAUGACCCACAGAUGGUCCGCCCAACUCUGGAGAGGACGCUCAAGGACCUCCAGCUAGAUUAUGUGGAUCUUUACAUCAUUGAAAUACCUAUGGCUUUUAAGCCUGGAGAUGAAUUCUAUCCUAAAGAUGAAAAUGGCAAAUGGUUAUAUCACAAGUCAAAUCUGUGUGCCACUUGGGAGGCUUUAGAAGCUUGCAAAGAUGCUGGCUUGGUGAAAUCCCUCGGUGUAUCCAAUUUUAACCGUAGGCAGCUGGAGCUCAUUCUGAACAAACCAGGACUUAAGCAUAAGCCAGUCAGCAACCAGGUUGAAUGCCAUCCAUAUUUCACCCAGCCAAAACUCUUGAAAUUUUGCCAACAACAUGACAUUGUCAUUAUUGCAUACAGCCCUUUGGGGACCUCUAGGAAUCCAUCCUGGGUGAAUGUGUCUUCCCCACCUUUGUUAAAGGAUGCACUUCUAAACUCACUGGGGAAAAAAUACAAUAAGACAGCAGCUCAAGUUGUUUUGCGUUUCAACAUCCAGCGAGGAGUGGUUGUCAUUCCUAAAAGCUUUAACCCUGAAAGGAUCAAAGAAAACUUUCAAAUCUUUGACUUCUCUCUCACUGAAGAAGAAAUGAAGGACAUUGAAGACUUGAAUAAAAAUGUCCGCUUCGUGGAAAUGCUCAUGUGGUGUGACCAUCCUGAAUACCCAUUUCAUGAUGAAUACUGA